AUGAGGAUCACGAACGUCGGCGACAAGGUGCUGAUCCUCCAUCAGGACCUGCGGAUCGGGAUCUGGCUGGCCGGCGAUCAUGUCCCGCGACUGCCAGACUCGGAUCCGGAUGCGGAAGAUCCGCCAAGGCCUGCGGUGGAGCGCCCCGAGUAUGAAACUCCGCGCGAAAUACUGCAACGACCAAGGCCGACGACGAUCAAGUGUCUGAAGGGCGGAUCAGAUGGAGAUCAAGAGGUCUCUGACCCUUUGGAUAAUUCGCCGUCGGACAACCCGCCGCUGGAUUGUCGACCGUGGGAUGUGGCGUCUGUCGCAAGUGAUGGGUCGGAUCUGUCGUCUAUCGCAGAUGACGAUUCUAUGUCGCAUGUUGUAACGGUCGUGAAGGCGCUGGACGAUCAGGAUCCAUGCGUAUCAGGUAUUACAACUGCGGAUCUGCCCUUAGUCGAGGAUCCAGCCGUGGAACCGGUAUGGGCAGAGGAAGCCCCUAGUGGUGCAACUGGCGCGGAUCAAGAUCCACCAGUUCAGGAAGUCCAAGAUCCGAAGGUGGUGACGCUGAAGGGUGAUGGGUCGCACCCAUCAUCAUUGAUGGGUAAAAGGGACGAGGAUCCUGCAGCUGUUUUGGAAGAUCAACCGGACCCAGCGGAUCUGGACCUUACCUGGGACUCGGAUCAGGAUUACGACGAAUGUGUGUAUUACCACGGAGGCAGCUAUCUCUACGCUGAAGACGUCGACGGACAACUAGCGGUACUGCCUGAAGUCCCAGCAACGACGGAAGAUGUGAGGAUCGAGGAUAUCCAAUUGUGCGGAUCCGACAAUCAGACGCCUGAAGAGAUCGACCGACUCCACCAGCGGAUCUGGAAGUUCAGACAUCUCCUGAUCGGCAAAUCUCCGGUGCAUUGA